AAUGCUUACAUGUGGAGUCAAAGAUGAACUGGUSCUUAGAGUUGGCAUGGUCAAGUCUAAAAGAGAGGAUCUGGCAUUUGUGAAAGAGCUCAAUGGUCUAUUGAACGUAAUUACAGUAGCAAGAAAUGUGAUUGUACAACAGAAGAAAAAUUACAUCUGYGACCCUAACAUCUGUCAAAAAAAACGACUCCACUCAAGUAAACAACACAGAUCAAUAAGCUCAGAAAGGCCAAGGGAUUCUGCGUCCUCGAUCACACKUGAAUUCUCUAACUCCAAUGAGUGUAGAAAUGCAAGUGACUACACAACUGUAGGUUCCAAAGUUUCUAUAUUGUSGGAGAAAAAAGAACUUGUCAAUUCAGGAUGGAAAGUUGGCUGGUAUGUAGGUACUGUUACAAGUUUUGAUAUGGAGAACAACACUAUCUCUGUUCGAUUUGAUGCUGAGCCAGAAGCUACUCCAUAUGAAUACAGACUUGAUGAGUUGGAUGGAAAGAUAAAACGUCCGAGGACCAAAGGGAGCAACAUCAGGGAGUACCAGGAAAUUAUUGAAGUGGGUGCAAGAGUAAAGGUAAUGUGGGAUAAAGAAGACAUUGGAGACAGCGGGUGGUCCCCUGGUUGGUAUGAGGCAGAGGUUCAGUCAUAUGACUAUGACAAUGAUGAAGCAGAAAUAAUAUACGAUGAUGAGUCUGAGUCCAUUUAUGCCAUUGAUGUUCUUCCAUCAUUAAUGAAGGGAAAGCUGAAAAAACUAACAUCUGUUUAA